AUACAUCCAGUCAUCAAUUUGAUGAAAUAUUUGACACAUUUUUAAUUAAAUGAUUUACUCGAUUCUACAAUAAUUUUACAAAAUACAAUCAUGGAAGAAGAACUAACAAUCAAUGAAGAAGCAAGCGAAGAAGAAGAAGAGGAGCUUGAAAACAUCCCUCCAGCUAAUGAUGAUGAAGCAUUCGCGCGAUUACAACAGAGUUUCACAAAAAUGGUUGCAGAAGCUGAAGAAGAUCCAUUACAAGCAAGAUUCCUACAAUGCUACUCAAAUCUUUUCGAUUACAUGUGCCAUACUCGCGAGCGCACAAUAGAAUUAGAAGAAUUGCGCGAGGAACUUGUCGGCGCUCUCGCCUUCAAUGAAGAACGCCUCAAUGAAAGUUCCAAAGCGAUUGAAGCAGACGCAACACAAAUUGAAGACUUGAAAGCCGAAAUAUCAACUUCAAAACUAUUAGUAGACAAUGCACAAGCACGUGAACAAGCAGCCCAGGAAGUUAUUGAUAACUUACGCAAAUCUAUCGCGAAUUUAAACGCUGAUAUCGAUGUGAAAAAUAAAAUGGCGCAAGCGGAACUUGAAGAGAAUCCACAGGCGGCGAAACACCGCGAAACUCUUGAACGUGAAAAAACAAAACUCAUUUCCGAAGUGUCAAAGUUAAGCGAGAAGUUAACCAACGCAUUGGCUUAUCAAGAAGAGUUGGAGCGACGCACGUCGCUUACUGACCUGCGCAUAACCGACAUCAGCACACAACUGGAAGAAACACAAGCUGAAGUUAGUAAAUACAAGCGACACAAGGACAAGUUAGAGUCGGAUAUUAUUGAUUACACUGAAGAAGUGGAGAAGAAAAGUGUUGAAGUAGAUACAUUGCGUGAUCAAAUGUUACUUAAUCAGAAACUCAUACAGAGGUAUGAUACGCAGUUGAAGGAGCAAACGCAAGCAGCGCAGAAGUGUUUUCGUGAGUUACACAUGUGGAAUAAACGCUAUGUCAAGAUGCAGAAAGAUUACGUGACUGUCAGUAAACAAGCCGAAGAGUUGCGGCGUGUGAAUGUGAAAUCUAUUAAAGAAAUACGCGUUAAAGACGAUAAGCGGGUUAAACUGCAGAUUGAAGUGAGUAAACUUACGCAGGAACGUGAACACGCGGUGCAUAAAUCGAGGUUAAUCGAAGCGGACAAGAUGAACAUUAUUGAAGAUAAGAAUAAGUUGAAGGAGAUUGUGCACAGCAUGCAGAAGGAUAGUGAGAUACAGAAGUUGGAGACGCAGCAUAAUAAAGGGCUGAUUGAGGAGCACCUGAAGGAACGGGAUAUUCUGAAUAGGAAUCUGCUAAGACAACAAGCUGUUGCAAAAGAUCAUCAAAAAGUACUAAAAGUCCAAGACGAAACAAAAAAGCGCCUCAAUCGUGAAAUCGACGAUCACGUCAUUGAAACCCGCAAACAAGCCAAACAAAUCCUCUACCUUGAAAAAGAACGCGACCGCCUAAUGGAAGAAUCCCUAGAAAAAGCCAAGCAAAUGGAAAACACCAAGGAAGAAAUCAGUAUGCAAAACAAACACCUUGAAGACCUGAAAAAACUCUUAGUUCUAAAUGAAGCACGAUACAAAUUUAAACAAGAAUUAUUCGAUGCUGUUCGUGCAGAUAGAAACGCUCUACAAAAACAAAUGCAACAAUGCAAUGCAGACAAUCACGAUAUGAAAGAACGACUUAAAAUAAAUCACAGACAAAGCGAGCAAUUGAAAGAAGGCGUCGGUACCAAAGAAGGCGAAUUAAUCAAAGAAGAAACAAUUAAAAGAAAAAUCACAAAAGAGAAAGAAAACGUUAAAAUUGAUUUGAAUAAUAGCAUCGACUGGGUACGAACGCUGAAGACUCAAAUCAACGAAAUGGUCACUGAGGAAAAACGCUUGGAAAAAGUCAUAGAAGCCAGUGAAAAAUUAACAGCAGAACAGGCAAAAACAAUUACAGCUUUGGUGCGUGAAAGAGACGUGCUGGGGUCACAACUAGUCAGAAGAAACGAUGAAAUAUCAUUGGUUAUGGAAAAGAUAAAACUGAUACGCACAACUUUAUACGGAGGAGAAGCACAGUAUGAAUCCCGAUUGGAUGAUAUAAGGUUACUUAAAGUGGAAAUCAAAAGAUUAAGACAAGAAAGCUUUUUAUUGAAGAGAUCCAUCGGGAAUUCAAACGAAUUUAAAGUGCAAGUUUUCCAUUUGGAGCGGGAACUUGCCCGGGAAAGAAUGAAGAGUAAAGCGAUGGAGGACGAAUUACACAAUCCUAUGAACGUUCACAGAUGGAGGAAAUUGGGUGGGAGUGACCCGGAAAUGUCGGAAUUGUUAGCGAAAACUUCACAAUUACAAAAACGUUUACUAAAACAAGCAGUGGUACAAAUCAGCAUCGAGAAAGAAUUGAAGGAAACUGAGAAUUUAUACAUGAAUCUACGUAUUUUAUUAUCACAACAACCCGGUGCGGAUGUGCAAGAAACCCUAAACAAAACCCAGAAAGCUUUGUUUGGUAAAACUGUGCAAAACAAGUGUUUAAUAUCCGAAUUAAACAUGUUGGAAGUGUCUAAUCGUCGAUGUAAUAAAAACCUAACACGAGCCAUGAAUCAACUGCGUGAUGUGAAGGAGCAGUUGAAAUACGAGCAGCGUUUACACGCAAACGAAAGAAGAACAUUGAUGGAGAGCAAAAUGAUGAUUGAACGAUUGAAAGGGGAAGUUGAGAUGCCACCGGGGACUGAUAAUGAAAAUGUUAGUGAAGUGCCAUCUUUAACAGUGGGUUCAUUAACUGUCGUCCCACAGCGGAAGUAAAAUAUUUCCAACGUAUUGUGAGAAUGAAUAAAGCCCUUUUUGACUUUUAUUGAUUAAACAUCGUCUUGGAAACGUG